UUUACGAGAUUUAAUCAGCGCAGAGGUGUAAUAUCGUAACUGUAAAAAAAGAAAGAUCAAAAAUCUUGACUCCAAUUUCUUCGUUUCCACGCAACUCACUUUCCAUAAUUAAUAAAGCCUUUUCCUUUCUUUAACCGCGUUUCUAAUUCUAUCUUCCUUGUUUGUUUCCCGGGAAUCGCCUGGAAAAGAAACAAACUUUCAGUACUCCCUCGCUACCUACGCUUCCACUGAGUCACCCACUCUUUAAAGUUCGAAGCUUUUUCAAUUGGGAAAUUUCGAGUGAUUCAGGAUCAUGAAAGAGUCUCAGAAGUCUUGGUGUAAUAAUACUAGGUGUUAUUUCACCAAAGAGGAAAUUGAAUUUUCUUCUCCAUCUAGAAAGGAUGGCAUUGACUUUAAGUACGAGUCACACCUGCGGAAGCAAUAUUGCUCGUUUCUUCAAGAGAUUGGCAUGAAACUUAAAGUGCCUCAGGUGACAAUUGCAACUGCAAUGAUGUUGUGCCACCGAUUUUAUAUGAGCCAAUCUCAUGCUAAGAAUGACUGGCAGACUAUUGCAACCGUCUCUGCCUUUCUUGCGUGCAAAAUAAAAGAGACACCGCGCUAUUUAAAUGAUGUUGUGGUCGUUAGUUAUGAGAUGAUUUACAAGUGGGAUCCUUCUGCACCACGAAGAAUAAGACAGAAAGAAAUUUUCAAUAAGCAGAAGGAUUUGAUCUUAAUUGGGGAGAGAAUUCUGUUGUCAACUAUUGCUUUUGAUUUUAACAUUGAGCUUCCCUACGAGCCACUUAUUAAAGCUUUAAAGAGAUUAAAUAUGUACUCUGACCUUGCUAAGAUGGCAUGGAACUUUGUUAACGAUUGGCUUAGUACGACACUGUGUUUACAGUACAAAGCCCCCUAUAUUGCUGCUGCUUCAUUGUUUCUUACUGCAAAAUUACUAAAGGUGAAGCUACCAACAGAAAAGGAAAGAGUUUGGUGGCAAGAGUUUGAUGUUUCACUGAAGCUAUUAGAAGAGGUCAUUCAACAGAUGCACAAAUUGUUGGAGCAAGACAGAAAGGAAACUCAACCAUCCUCCAAUAGGAACAGGAGGCCAUCUAAAGCUUCAGUUGACAAACCAUUGGAAAGUAGCUCUCUAUCUUGUAUUACAAGUGAAUCCGUAACUGACUGCCAUUCAAGCCGUGGAGGGUCUAAAGAAUCCUCUGUUACUCAUUGUGGUCCUAAUCUCGCGGAAGGUGACAGUAGUGUUAUUACAAGUAGAGCUGUUGAGAAAGGUCCAAGUUUUGCAACUUCCAAGGUUUGUAAGAUCCAACCAACAACAGUGGACACAAUUCAAAAUGCAAGGUCUAAGGCUUGCAGUAGUACUCAAAAUAAACAUGGCGAGUUUGAUGUUAUUCGGAUUAAGGAGAUGUUGAAGAAAAGGAAAUGCAAUGGAGUUCAAAAGAAACCAUUAGAAGCCAUUGGUGCAGAGAGAGACAUCGAAGCCUUGAUAGAAAGCGAGCUCGAAAAUGGGAUAGAUCUUGAGAUUCCAUUGACAAAGAAGAAACAGAGAAAACUAUAAUGAGGCUCUGAAUCGAAACGCAAGUUGUGCAAGCUGCUCAUUGAACUUAAAACCAGCUUCUUCUCCCUGAAUGAGGUUCUUACAUAUUGGUAUAGUACUGUUUGGGUUAGUUUAGUUUCUAUAAGGUUUCUUUCUUAGGAUUAAAAACUCAUUCUAAGAAUUUUUUGAUAUAAAAUAAUUUUUUUUUCCAAUUUAAAAGUCCUUUUAGUAUUCUAUUUAUUACUAAUUUACUGACAAAAUAUUUUUUGAAGAAUUUUUCAUAAAAAAAAAAAAAAGGGUUCUAAGCCCAAUUUUUUAUUUAUCUUAUACUUUAAUAAGCUAAAGUAGGAGCUUAGUUGUUUAUAGUAAUGUAUUUUUUUGAUGUUUUGCUCUUCAUUCUUUACAUAAUAGUAGUAAGGUGUGUAGACAAUAAGUAGUUUUCUCAUUUGUAAUUAAACACAUAUUUUUAAUCCCAAAAGAAAAAGAAAGUAAAUAAUAGUCAUUUGAUUGAAUU